AAACUUUCGAACGUAUCGCCGGUGUGUCGCGUAUUACGAUCGCGAUCAGUUGCAGGCGGAUGACAAAUACGUAGCUAGCCGCAAUGAAUCACGAUGAUCUGACUUCGUUGCGACUUCUCAAUGAGGAGACAGUGAUUUCUGUGCUUCGGACAAGAUAUGAGAAUCGAAUUUUUUAUACAACAGCAGGCUUUGCUCUAAUUGCACUGAAUCCUUGUCGCUCGGUUCCUGAGCUCUACUCCGAUGAUGUGAUCACUUCAUACAGUGAAGACCAACAUGGCAAACUUCCACCACACAUAUUCAAAAUAGCUCAGAAGGUAGUGCAGAAAGGCAGUCGUGCCAGUAGAUCGGUCAAUCAGUCUAUUGUUGUAAGCGGAGAGAGCGGAGCAGGAAAGACUUGGACAACAAGGAAUUUGAUGAGAUAUAUAGCAGCGACAACCAGCAAACUGUCAAAACGCCGUGAAUCUCUAGCUCUCGUUUCGUCCAUCGAGCAACGAGUUCUCGACUCUAAUCCUAUUUUAGAGGCUUUUGGAAAUGCAGUAACUGUUUGCAAUGACAACAGUAGCCGAUUUGGCAAGUACGUUCAACUUCAGUUGAACAAGCGUGGUAAGGUAGUCGGAGCCAACAUUAGAACGUAUUUGCUGGAGAAAGUUCGAGUUGUAAGACAGCGAAAUGGAGAGACGAAUUACCACAUAUUUAAUCAGAUUUUGUUGGGUUUACCAGAAACAGAGUCUAGAGCAUUGUGUCUGAGUAAGUUGGCCGACAAGAUGCAAAACGAUGUCAAAGCAAGAAACCCAUCUGAUGGUCACUGUUUCUCUGUAACAACAGCAGCAUUGACAAACGUUGGUUUCCCGAUCGACAUUCAGGAAAAGAUAAUUAGACUAUUGGCUGGUAUCCUUCACCUCAACAGCAUUCGGUUUGAACAGGCAAUGCCGGCUCGCACGCCAUCCAGAUGCACACCAACACAAGAGUUAGAAAAUGUUGUAUCCUGUCUUGACAUUUCUGGAGAAAUUCUCGCCGACUUCUUUGUAACAUCACAGUUAGUGACCGGAAAAGGUGAGACUAUUAACAAGUUGUGCACAACGAGUGAAGCUGAAUGGAGACGAGAUUGCCUUUCAAAGACCAUCUAUGAACGGUUGUUUCGAUGGAUUGUUGAUUUUAUUAACAGAUCAAUAUGUGGCAAGACACAGCAAUGGUCGUGGUUUAUUGGUCUACUAGACGUUUACGGAUUUGAGAAUUUCCGUGUCAACAGUCUGGAGCAGCUGUGCAUCAACUACGCAAACGAACGUCUACAACAAUUGUACGUUGUUUCGUUUGUCAGAGCCGAACAGGAGGUUUAUCUGGACGAGGGACUUGAUUGGCAACCUAUUGCCUUUACUGACAAUCGAGCAUGCGUCGACUUAAUUUCAAGCAGAUUUGGAGUGUUUUCUCUUCUUGACGAAGAGUGUCGUCUCAACAGAAAUUCAUCGCCGGCGACACUUUGUUCCCGUUUGGUGUCCAAUCUCUCCAAACACAGACACUUUGUUGUUUCGGGCGGUAGCAAUCGGUCAUCUGUAUUUGGUAUAAAACACUUUGCUGCAAUCGUACAUUACAACACCACAGACUUUUUAGACAAAAAUCAGGACUGUACUCCAGACCGGAUGGUUUAUAUCAUGAAAUGCAGUGGAAACGAUCUCUUACAGGAAGUUGGAAAUGAAGACGAUGUCAAGCAGACAUUGUCAGCAAAAUUUUCUCAGCACCGACGUCGCACUGUUGUCUCCAAAUUUAAGAGUUCUCUUGAAGAGUUGAUGGCCACUCUCAGAUCAACUUCUGCUCAUUACAUUCGAUGCAUCAGACCGAACGAUAGCAACGACGCAACCAGAUUUGAUGCAAACAAGGUUCUUCGUCAGCUUCAAGCUGCUGGUGUCCAAGAGACUAUAGAAAUUAGUCGACUUGGCUAUCCAGUCAAGAUGACAUACUCAGACUUUAUCGAUCGUUAUCGCAUACUUUUACCUCAUAAAAUGAGGACGGCUCUUUCUACACAUGCCAUUGCAUUGGCAAGUCAAGAUGUGGUGGUCUCUACCAAAAUUACCAGUCCAAAGCCACUUCGAGAUGCUUCUUCAAAUCAGAUUCGAACAGCUCGACGGUCAAAGCGUCAAAGCUCAAAUCUCACAAGUAAACCACAGUUUGUGGCCAAUGCAGUGAUGAGAAAGACUGCUGCAAUGAUUGUCUACGUGGUAUUCGGUUCACUGGGCACUACGGCUUCUUCUAUCCAUACAGUCAAUAAGGAAAACAGUUUGGAGAGUCAUUUCUGUUUGAAUUUGCAAUCGACAGAAGAGUAUUAUUUUGGUCAUCAUCGAGUGCUGCUGAAAGAAAAUCAGGCUCAAUGUUUAGAUGCUUGUCUAAUGAGACGGUUGUUCACUUGUGCUCUAGCCAUCCAACAACGCUGGAGAUUUGUCAGACAUAUGAAGUGCAGAUUGAGGAUAGAUGCAGCUGUGAAAAUACAAACAGUGUUUAGGGGGUGGCAAUGUCGACGUGACUUAAAAAGGAAACACUCUUCUGUGCUUAUAAUUCAGAGACAAUGGAGGGCUUGGAAGAUAAGAAGCCAGGUGUACAGGGGAAAUCGGUUGACUGUUGAAACUGAUGGUGCUCCACUAGGCAAAACGUCUACUGUAUGUGUACACUUGUGUACUCGUCGAGGCAUAGCAUCACGACAUGCCAUUGUCACAGCUCCUAAGUUUAUUGUCCACCCAAAUUCAGUGUUGCCGAGUGCCAAUUGUCUGCCUUGGUUAUUUUGCACUUCUAAAGGUCUCAUGUCCCUCAAAGGAUGAAAUUGAAAGUAACUAGACUCUAUCAAUUAGAUUAUCUUAAAAACCUUAUUUGAAGCCUCAGAAGUAUAGACACACCACACCUGAUUGUGCAUUUGCUAAGUUUUCCUUUGAUGUAGAAGUAAGUACUCUUAUGUAUGCUUUUGGUUUUAAUAUUCAUGAACUCUCUGUAAGUGCAUGUACAGACUGACUGUGUAUUGAACACAUACAG